CCACUCACAAAACCGCCAAGGAGCGUUACGCGCGCGCGAGCGACUCCCAGAAAUGCUUUCUAGGCAGGCAGCGCUCUCGUUUUUGACACACCGCCGUACUGUCCAGUGACAGGCGUGCGCGGUGCAUGCGUGCUGCCGGAGUCAGCCAGUGACGUUCUUGUCCCAGAAUGCUGCCUGGUAAACAGACAUGGAAGCACCUGGUGAAGACCUCCACAGUCACUGAGCACUGCACUCGCUCUUUGAACUGAUCUUCAUUUUCAAUACACCCUAAAGCCUGCGCCUUUGUUCUCUCUAGAGCUCAACCGGGACCUCUGAAGUCCAGGGCAUUGAUUCCCUCACCAGCUUGGGUGGCAGUCUGGAAUCACCAUAGCUGAUGAGGGUCUACUGACCUGACCAGUUUUGUUCCAAUUUUUACUUUUGACAAGAUGAAUUGGCCCAGACAUAUUUGAUUGUAUAUGAGACACAUUCUUGCAAGUGGCGAAAUGGCUAAGUAUAGCCUAGAAUUUAUUUGCCAGUGCCUGUGCUCCAAAUUGUGAUCCAUAACACGUGGCUGAUCAGAGUACAUUAAUUUUAGAGCACGCAAAAGUGUGGUCAUCUUUUUAUACGUAAUAACAUCGACUUUAACUGUACCUCUAACUUUAUCAACCAGAUGGUGUUUGUGAAUAUCUGCAAAGUUUUGUAAAGAAUUGCAACUAAGUCCGACUGUUCUUUCGAUAAAUGACUGUAUUGAAAAUCUAUCGGAUCUAAAAAUGCUUAAUACCUGUGUGAGAAAACAGUGCUCAGUGCAUCAAAUGAUUAAUCCAUGGCUGUCAUUGUAAUAGCCUGCCAAAUGCACUAUUGUUAUUGUUGUUGUUGUUGUUGUUUUUUUUUUUUUUUUGUGAACAUAUUUGUUAUGCCCCUUGGAUAGCCCGACGUAACAAACUGCAUGCAUUGAAAUACUGAAAGUACUUUGUGUUAUAUUUCUGGUCACAAACGUAACCAGAGGGAUACUACAGAGCCUAUUUAUUCAUCAGUUUGCAGGUUAAGAUCCUUUAGAAAGUUGCAAGCAAUAACCAUUUAAUAUUUUACAAUACUAUCAAGCACUUCUUGUCGAAGGGAACGAUGAUCUAAGAAUAAAAGCAUGUUUCUUUUAACUAUACUUUGCUUUUUAAUGUAACUAUUUAUAAUGUAAAUCAGCCAGAAUCGGCCUUUUUUUUUUUAUUGGUCAUGAGUGUGACCGAUGUCAUUUUUACAUAUGGUUUUUAACCAUAAAGUCUUGAUCUUGAAUGAAUGGUUUACCCAAAAAUUAACAUUUUAUCACGUUGUUCCAAACCUGUAUAAAUUACUUCCUUCUGUUGAAAACAAAAGAAAGAUAUUUUGAAAAAUGUAACCAAAGCACUGACUUACAGAUUUUGGUUGAGCUAUCCCUUUAAUUGAGCAAUAAUAAUAAAAGACGUAACAAUUAUGUCUCCGAUAUGGUAGCUGUAUCUAUAUCAAUUGUUUUACACGCCUCCUUUCAAAACGAUAAACUGAAAUGAAACGGCUCAUGCAAAAAUGUUCAACAUGAAAUCCAGACGGUCUCCAUUUUGAUUUAUAGCUGAUAACUCCGUAUAAACACAAAAUAUGUAAGACCCCUCAAGCUCAAAAAAAAGAAAGAAAGAAAAAGAAAAAGGUUAGAAAUAUUACUCCUGGGAUUAAAUAGGUUAGCGUUUGUUGUGGGUCAAACAAAGUCACACAAAAGAGCUAGAGGCAUCAUGUUUACCUCCGAAAAAGCAUUAUAACGCCUUUUUUUUGUCGACAUAGGUAUUAAGAAAUGGGGAAUUUCCAAGACCAUCGAUUCAUCUUUUUUUAUAUUGAAAACACAUUAAGAUAUGCGACCCUGAACCGCAAGACCAGUCUUAACAGUGUUGUUUUUGCACCCUCAGAUUUUCAAACAGUUGUAUUUGAGUCAAAUUUUGCCCUGUCCUAACAAAUCGUAAAAAAAUAGGAAAGCAUUUUUUAUUCACAUUAUAUAUAAAUUAAAAAAAAAAGAACCAUUACCACUGGUCACACAUUUACGUUUUUUAAGGUAAACGUUUGUCCCCGCACGCAAGUGAAACCCACAUUUCCCUCGCUAUUUCUCCCACAAGCCUCGGCGAAAGGAAGUUUUGGGGUCGUGCUUAAACUUUUAUCUCCGUAAUCCGCUCUUAAUGUAUGUUUCGAGACGCGCCGCCUAGCGCAGCACGCGUCGCGGGGAACCGAAAGACGCCCUCGCGCGCUCGCUCGCUCGCUCGUGAAUGAAUCGCGCGUUCGGCUCAAUGUCAUUCAUUGAAGGAAUCCGCUCGGCCACCUUAAGCGCUCACUGCUGUGUUGUUACAUUGUAGCGGAAAGAAUGUCGGAAAGGGCCGAUGAUGACGUCAGGGGGGAGCAGCAGCAGCAGCAGCAGCGCAGAGCGGCCAGGCAGCUGAAGCAGCGGGGAGAAGCCUCCACAGCAAUGGCGACUGUUGCGGAGCGCAGAUCCCUGCCCAGUCCCGAAAUAAUGCUGGGACAGCCUUGGAGCGGCUGGGUCGAUGCUGUGAAACUCUACGGGAGCGACGGUGCGGAAUUGGAAGAAAGUUUGAAAGAGUGCGGGAAAAAUCGCGAAGCCAUGAGACUCUGCAGAGACGACAUGCCUAUCUUCGGCCAAUGUCCUGCCCAGGACGACUUCUACCUGGUCAUGUGCAGCCACUGCAGUCAGGUAGUCAAACCCCAGGCCUUCCAAGCACACUACGAGAGAAGACACAGCUCCAGCAGCAAGCCCCUAUCCAGCCAUGCCGCCUCUGCUGCGUUUGCAAACUCUCGAAAUAAGGGCAGCCUUGGGAGUGGAGUCGGAGCCGGGACUGUUAGUGGAAGCACACUUGCACGCCCCUCCAGUGCAAACAGCAGCACCCCGUCUAAAAUAUUCAAAUCAACCAAAGAGAAGCUGCCUCACCGGAAGCCUCACUUCCCCUAUAGGGUGCCGCAAGAAGAGAGCCCAAUCCCUGCAGUCAAAGUAGAGAAGGCCCAUCUGAAAGUGGAAUCUUCGCCCAAACUCCCCCACGUACCCACCUCUUCUUCCACUUCCUCCUCCUCUUCCUCCAAUACUGUGAGCACCUCUCCCUUGAAGUCAGGCCUUAACUUCCCCUCCAUACCAAAGGCUCCACAGCUGGCCCCUGGUCAGAUCCCCAACGGAAAGGGCCACCUCUCGUCCCAAGAUAAGAAACAGGACAGCAGCAGUGCCAGUAGCAGAAGACCCUUGUACAAGAGACAAGAGCGAGAGUUUAAUCCAGAUAUCCAUUGUGGGGUUAUGGAUAUGACAGCACGUAAGCCAUGCACAAGAUCCUUAACAUGCAAGACACAUUCCAUAAGCCAGAGGAGGGCGGUGCUCGGGCGGCGGCAACGCUUUGACACGCUGCUCGCUGAGCACAAGAGCAAAGCACGCGACAAGGAGAUGCAGUUCAGGUUGGACCCUUCACACCCAGCACCCCCUCUCAGGGAACCUCACCCUCCCCCCUUCCGCAUCUCACAAGACCCUCACCCGGUCUCCCAUGGCAAUGGCACUGCCGAUGCCACCAAGCCUUUGCCCCACAGCAAACCCAAACCUCAUAAUUCUGGGCUUCCACGACUCAACAGCAGUAACUCUCACAGUGGAGGAGACCCAGCCAUGGCCCACGACCAGGCCCACCAUUCUCACCCGACCCCUGUCGGCACCGAGACCAGCCGCCUCUCCAGCGACGAGGGGGAGAACGAGGAGAGAGAGGAGGCCACCGAAAAACUGGACUGCCAUUAUUCAGGUUACCACCCACGACCAGCUGCUUUCUGCACUUUUGGAAGUCGAUUGUACGGUAGAGGUUGUUACACAUUCAACCGGCGUUGGGAUCAAGUACGGUGUGCUCUCACCACCAUGUUGGACAAACAUGUCAAUUCACAAAUGUGGAAGAAAAUCCCUCUGGCCUUGGAGAACUCAGCAACAACACCGACAACCUCUCACCGGACAAGCACAAACUCCCAUUCUUCCUCAUCCUCCUCCAUUUCUGCAGGGUUUCUCAGCUUGUCCUCACCACCGCCUUAUGACAGCAAGCCAGUCCUGUCGUAUGGCACCACCCUGAACGCCCGCUCUUCUCCACAAGCCUCCGCUACUGAGCAGCCUGCCUACAGUGGCGCUUCUAGACAAGUGUCAGCCUCAUCACCCCAGAUGCCUUCAGCCCACUCGUCCUCGCUACCCUCGUUGGGCUCCAACCGACCCCUUAAAUCCCGAUCUGGUACAAAGUCCUUUAAGGCUCGGGAGCCAUCCUCCAGCCUAAGUAACUCUAUCGUCAAGGGCAGUACUAAUAGCAGUGCUAGCAUCAGCGGUAGUCUCAGUUCGGGCAAGAAGCGGAAAAACAGUUCCCUGCUUACCACCCAUAGCACGUACACCUCUGACUCUUCCUCAUCUUUUAAGAAGAACUGUGCGGUAAACUCGGGCAGCCUCGGCAGCGCCUACCACACCUCGCUCGCAUCCACUCCCGCUUCAUCUUCAUCGUCAUCAACGUUGUCGUCAUCCCACAGCGGGGUUUACAGCUUGGGGGUAAACUGCACCCCAGGCAGGGCCAACUCUUUGAGCUUGAAGCAGGAGUCGGCAGGACGUGGCCCUCCCUCAGGCAGCCCGGCCGAGUCCAUUAAACGCAUGAGCGUAGUGAUGAACAGCAGCGACUCCACCCUCUCCCUCGGGCCAUUUGUUCACCAGAGCAGCGAUCAUCACACAGAUGCACGUCUGGAAGCCAAAAGGAGGAAGGGCUCGCCUGGAUCUAGUAGUCUCAACAGCACAGCGUCCGGAGCAGGAGGGGGAGGAGGACAAGGUCCUGGCAGGCCCAAAAUGACCAAGUCUCCAUCAAUCAACAACAUCCACAGCAAGCACGCUCGCUCUAUACCUGGACCUCCGGGGCUCCCUAACAAUUCACUCAUACAUCAGCCAAAGGCUCGUCCCUGACACAGGUGUGGAGGCUCAGAGCGUGCUGAGCAGUAGGCUGGACCCAGAGCUCCCUCAGCCCCCUCAUGCCACUCUGCACGAGGCCUUCUUUUUCUCUUACUCUUCCCACAAUCCUCAGGGUGGAAUGCACACUGGGUGGCCCAUUGAUGUCCUUCGUGAGGAUUUCCUCCCAAAGCCAUGCAGGGGCACUCUCCGGGGAUAGGAUAAUAAGCCAGAGAGAUCUAGUUCUCCUGUCGGAGGUUAUAAUGAAUCUAUACAAUGCACCAUUGGGUACAAAGCCUGCUGCGUAGAGCAUGAGCUGCCCAGCCUGAGCACUUGCGCUGGGGUCGGAAGGUACAGAUUUGGGCUGGUGCGUAGCCUCGCCAACACUAUAAGCCUAGGAAGGAAGUGCGACGUGAACAAGAUGAGUUGCUUUAUCGAUAUUCUUUGGUAUGUUAGCUUGAAGGUGUGGACAUACGAGAACAUACUGGACAUACUGGAAACUGAAAUCCUACUCAGCCUUGGAGGAAGUGUACAGGAGAGGAACAUCCCUAAAGUAGACACACAGUCAACUUAAGUUAGUCAUACACAUGAUCUCUCACUGGAAGGCUGUAUUAGAUUGAGCUACACUCGCUGCAGAUAGACAUGACAGGAGUGGAGUUUCAACACGAGCAACCUAAACUUAAAAGAUUAUGCAAACUAGACAUUUCUUUAGACCACGUUUUGUUUACAGGUUAGCAUAUGUAUAGCAAACAGAACAAAAUAUUUAUCUUAUACCAUUUUCCAUUAUUUUAUUUUUUUAAAGGUUUCAUUUAGAUUAGAUUUUUUUUUGUUUUGUUUUUUAUCUUCAGGCUUAUUUCAGAGAAGCUAAAAGAGAGUUCUUUUAAGCUGAUUUAUUGCAAUUUCUGUUUUUACAGAAAAAUCUACCCCAAAUUAAACUCGAACACCUUGCAUUAGCUAAAGCGCUAUAUUUUUUCUUUUUGACACGCUAGUAGCUUAGCAUGUCUUUUCAGAACCAUGAGCAACAGUCGUCUCUUGAAGCUCCAGAAAACACUGUAAUCCUCUUAAAAACCAUGCCUUGGACAACACAGAUACUUUAGGUACAUUAAGGGCUUGAUUCAGUGAACACGUGCAAAAAUUGCUCCUGUUGGAGCAAAACGAGAGACGGCAGGUGACGUUUCACCUCCUCCGUGUCACCCAUCGUAGCACUAAAGAAGCAUGUGCUGAAAUCUUAAUGUACUAAAAUCUGCAGUCUCGCUCAAAUGAUUGUAGGAGAAUUUCCUGGUGAAGAUGCCUUAGGCAUGCAUGGUAUUGUUAUGUGCCGUUUCAAUCUCAGAAAGGGGGUCAUGGCUAGCUGAGGUUGAGCCAUGGACCAACAUUACAGACACACUAUCAUCUCAGCAAUGACUCUCAAUACUGUGAGACACAUAAACAGUAGUCUGGCCAGCACCAUCUCAUCAAAUAACCACUACCUUAUACUGCGACUGAACGUUCAAGCUUUUGUUCUUUGUGACCCUAAAGAGGUUAGUAGCUAGACAUUCUGAUUUAAAUCUCAUUUUCAUUGUGGGUCUGUCGACUUAAAGGCAAUAGGUCCUUCUUUGGCUCAUUAAUCUUCAUAAGAGGUCUUGAGGUGGAUUUUGUUGUGUGUAAGUUGGGGCUUCUCUUUAAAACUCCUGUAAAUUAAUGAUCUCCACUGAUGUCAGUCAGCAUUGGUUGCUGAGAAGUACAGCAUGUUUUUUUUGUUUUUUUUUGUGUGUGUAUUUUUUUUCCUUCGGCUUUUUCGUACACAAAACCGAAUUCAAAUAUUGAAGUAUCCCUAUUUCAGAAUACAUAUUUUGUUAAAGAAUUGUACAUAUGGAGAUGUAUUUUUGCACAGGCAUUUUCGUAAACGAUUUUUGGUACAAUUGAGAUCAUUAUUAUUUAUUUAGUAAAUGGAAACAUUCUAAGAUUAUUAGAAGUGGUUCACUGCCAAGCCGAUAAUGCAAUACGCCACUCUAUCCGACCAUAGCUUCUUGUUAGUCACCCGCCGAGUUCCCCCGAGACCGAUUGUUGCCACAGUAGUGGGAAAAAAAUCAUCCACAGUAUACUAAGUUGUUUUUUUUUAGGUGUCAGUAGUGCUUCUUUUCCCUCGUGAUGCUUCCCCAUCUCGAACCAAGAGGUCAGAGAAUAUGAUCAAAAUGGCCCGUUUAACUGUGCAAAAGAUUUCUGGCUGGCCGAUGUUAUUUUGUAGGACUUUUCUAACUGGGUGAGGGAACAAAACAGUUGUACAGUGCAAAAUGUGCACCACUGUUGCCAAACGUAAUUGGAUACACUGCUUUUUAGUUACCUAUUCAUUUGCUUUUAACGCUGACAAAAAAAAAAAAAAAAAAAGAGAAAGUGCCUGAAUUAGUUUUUCAUCGACUGUUGUCAAGGCAGAGCUUUUUAGUUUAUGUAUUCUUCUUUUCACAGUACUUGAAUGUUAUUUAAGGGUUUAGAAACUUUUUAAACCUGCCUAGGAAUCUCUCACAUCGCCCUUUUCCCCUUCAAGUAGAGCUGUAACUCUGAUUGAUGAAAUGCAUGGCUGAGGAGUAACACUCGACAAAGACAUGAGAAACGCUUAUCAGUCCCUUGUAUUCUUUUAUGACUACUUUUGAUAUUAGAAAUUUUCAAAGCGAGAGGGAUAGAUAUUUUUGUGGCUAAGUCGGUGAUUUCAACCAAUGUUUUAGGCAGAUAAAUGUACUGUUUACCUUGAAAUUGUAACUCCACUGUUUUCAGACGAUGAAAGCUUUGUGAAGAUGUUUGAUUAAACACCACAGAUCUGGAAUGUGAAUCGAAGAUGAUAAA